CGCACAGAGCUGGACAACGGCAAAAGGAUCAGCUGCUCAUUGAUGCUGUGGAGAGCAGAGUUGCCACUGUAGAGAAGUUUCCAGAAAGAAGAUAAGCGUUCAGAGGUCAGGCUCUGCUGGGACACAUAACACCUGCUUUCACCUUUUCCUGGUCAUAGUGAGAUCACUGCCAAACGAAGAGAGGUCCAGGACCAGUUGCACCUCUUGAAAACAUCCAACAACAUUUUCUGCAUCCUUCCCCCUUGUCUCCUUCUUCUCCGACACCACCAUGGACCGCUCGGUGCAGGAGCUGUUCCUCAACUUCAUGAUCGUCUUAAUCACCGUGCUGCUGAUGUGGCUGCUGGUGAAAACUUACCAGGACUGAACCAUGGAGCAACAAGAGAGGGGAUGAACGAGAGGUAGAGAAACAUUCGGAGGGAAGCCAGCAUGGUUACUGUAGGAUUCUGCUGCUGAUUGAUUCUUGUUCAGGCACAGUGUUUACAUCUUUUCAUGAUGGGCACUGGUCUGGUUCAGAGCUCUAGUCUUCAUAUGAGACCAAGACUGUAUAUAAAGAUGGACAACAUGACAACACCCCAAAAGUGAAGCCAAAACAUCUUGGUGGCUGGCUGCAGUGUAAGUCAGUGUUAGCAAAAGGGAAAUGGGCCAAACUAUAAACUCAAAGUAUUUGUCAAAUAGGGGUUAGGUUUACCUAAAGAUGGUUACUGUCAUAUUAGGUAGGUCUUAUGUUCAAGUGUUGAUUUUUCCUGAUAAUUUUGGUUUUAAUUAGUUAUUUGAUGCUAUAAAAAAGGGGGGUUGACGUCAUGAUUGACAGCUGUGUGUGUUUGUGAUCAAUGACAUAUGUAAUGUAACAUAAAUAAUUUCCCCUCGGGGAUCAAUAAAGUAUUUCUGAUUCUGAUUCUGAUUCUGAUGACGCUGCUUGGGAUUAGUUGGACAGGUGUAUAGGUGGAAAACCAGUACUAUGGAAAUCGCUACUACACAGGCUCUGGCUCCAAAUGAUACCAGCACACAGCAACCACUGACUCUGGGUUAGUUUGGCUUCAUUUUUCAGCAGUGGGAGGAAGUGAAGACGCAUUGUCCAUCUUUAUAUACAGUCACUGAUAUGAGGUCAUAAACCAGGGCAGAUUGACAAUGACAAACUCUUGGAUCUGUAUUUGUAUUCUGAGAUGUUUUUCGACUGUGGCUUUGAAUUUCUGGCAAGAGCCGAAGGGAAAGUCACAGUAGAGAUGGGGGAGUGAAUAAAAAUAAAUCACCGGGGGGGUUUUGGCUGUAUUUUUUCACCGUGGGAACCUUUAAAAUGAAGGCUAUAAAACACUGCAAUGUCACUAUAAAUAGCGCAGUCGCCCAUGUCAUUUCCAAAGAUUGUUUCAUUUACGUAACCUUUGACACAAUGAACUCUGCUGUUGUGUCUGUUGUUCUGUUUGUACUAAGUGAUGAAUGUGUCAGUGCAGAUACCAAAGAGACAUUAACACAAAUAAUG